UCAUCUGGUUGUUCACUUUUCGGUUACAUUUUUGGGUUUCAUUUCAUUUUAAUUGUUUGGGUUAAUUUUUUUUCUAUGACCAAUUGUCACUUUCGGACAAUUAACUAAUUGUUGACUAUGAGAACUUACGGUGAUAGACCAACACCCUUCCAAUUGGAUGAAAAGGACGGAGAGUAUUAUUAUAUUGGAUCAGAGGUUGGUAAUUAUUUGCGUAUGUUCAGAGGAUCUCUUUAUAAAAAGUAUCCUUGCUUAUGGCGUCGUUUGGUUACUGUUGAUGAAAGGAAAAAACUUGCUGCUUUAGGUUUGGGUCCCCACAGUUUGGCUACAAAUAUCACUCUUCUGAAAGCAAGUGAAGUUGAUGAAAUCUUCCAUGGUCGAGAUGAAAAAUAUAAGGCCAUCUCUAUUUCUAGUGAACCUCAAACCCAAAGAGAGACUAAAUCGAAGAGAGCAAAUUGGGUCCAUGCAUCAUUACCAAAUAGUAGUCAUCAUCUUGAUGCUGUUCCAUGUUCUACUCCAGUCAGUCGAAAUCGUCUUUCUGGUAAAAAGGUUCGAACUUUUCCUUUGGCAUUCGAUGAUUUAGACUCUGCUAUCAUCCAUGAGAAUGCUAAGCAACCCGAUGUUCUUGUCCCUAUUCGUCUUGAUAUGGAAAUUGAUGGAUACAAAUUAAGAGAUACAUUUACGAGGAAUAAAAAUGAACAAUUAAUUACUCCCGAAUUAUUUGCUGAAGUACUUUGCGAUGAUUUAGAUCUUCCGACUGCAGCGUUUGUCCCAGCCAUUGCUCAGUCAAUUCGACAACAAAUUGAAUCUUUUCAAACGGAUACUCUUCUUGAAGAGCAAACUGACCAAAGAGUCGUUCUUAAGUUAAAUAUUCACGUUGGUAACAUUUCUCUGGUCGAUCAAUUUGAAUGGGAUAUGUCACAGAAAGAAAACAGUCCUGAGCAAUUUGCUUUGAGACUUUGUUCAGAACUUGGUCUUGGUGGUGAAUUUGUCACCUCAAUCGCCUACAGUAUAAGAGGACAAUUAUCAUGGCAUCAAAGGACAUACGCUUUCAGCGAAUCUCCACUGUACAGUAGAAGUACCUUUCGAAAUCAAGCCGAAUCUGACCAAUGGUGUCCAUUCCUUGAAACCUUGACCGAUGCAGAGAUGGAGAAAAAGAUUCGAGAUCAAGAUAGAAGUACAAGAAGGAUGAGAAGAUUAGCCAACACUGCUUGGUAAUCUGAAGACAAACAAAUGAAAACUCAUUUCCAAAUUAUCAUGGACUAUUUUCAUUCGAACGCAUCUUGACACCUACGACCUGUCCAUUCGAGUGGAUUUUUAUUCCAAUCAAGUUAUAAAAUAUCGUAUCCCAUAUAAACAUGACUUUUAAUUAUCAAAUUAUUGUCUUUCAUAACUGUGACAAUUUAUAUUUGUCAAAUAUAUUCCUUGAAAAUUCAAUUUGCACAAAAUUUGAAUAAAAUUUUCCUCAAUCAUUUAA